GAAAAACCUAGUCUAGAAUUAAUGGCCUUACAAUUCGACAAGGCGAGGCAAGAAAGACGUGAACAAGGAUGUGAGAGCGUGCAACAAGAUAAGUUCGAAUCCUUCCUCUUAGAAUACGAGAAGGUGAAGCGAGAAAAAGGAGGAGGAGGAGGAUAUGUGAUUGUGCCACCCGAAAAGAGGUCCAAAGAACACCUUAAACAAGGAGAAUGCCUCACGGGGGUGCCUAUAACCCCCUAUUGCAAUUGUUCUCAACACUCAUGCUUUACUGAGCUGUUUUUUACUCCUCCCAUCGGUGCUCUCCACGAGUAUACAGCUGAUUAUGUCCCAAUUUGGCUCGAUUACAAACGUCAGAUUCGUCAAACCCAUUGUUUUGAUGUUGAUGUCCAUCCCGGCUCGUCUUUUGAUGCUGGAAUAUCACCAUAUGAUUUCAAUAAGGAUGCUGAGUUACUGAUGGAACUGGCUAAUCGGGCUAUCCAGGAAUAUAAUGAGAAAGAGUGCAAUGUUUUCAAGUACAAGGUGUUGAAGAUUCAGAAAGUGAAUUUGACGGUGACAUCAUACUAUGACUAUUGGAUGACUGUGAAAGUCUUAAAUCUCACUCUUGGCACUCCUAUCGAAACUUUUCAAAUCCAUGCUGGUAAACAUUGCCGUAAUGAUGAUGCUAAAGUUAUCUAUUGUUGCCAGCCUAAAGAAGAGGCUGUUGUUGGUUUGGCAAACUGUGAUUUUUGUUUUGGUAAGUUGCGUGGAGAGGCCCGUCAGGGAGGAGAGGAGAAGGCGCUUGAAGUAUUGUUUUAAGUUAUGUUACUUUGGUCUUGGUUGACAUUUUAUCAUUUGUAGUUUAAGUGCUUUACUUUGGCAGAUCUGACCCCUUUGUUUAUUGAAGUAUCUGAUAUAUUAUCCGUUGGACUAUAGUUUUUUAAAUUUAGUUAGUACUUGUUGAGAACAUUU